CUGCCCGGGGCGGCGGAGCCAUGGAGCCCACGGGGCUGCCAGAGCCCUCGCUGUACACGGUGAAGGCGCUGCUCAUCCUCGACAGCCGCGGGCAGCGGCUCCUGGCCAAGUACUACGACAGCAGCUUCCCCACGGCGCAGGAGCAGGCGGCCUUCGAGAGCAGCAUCUUCAGCAAGACCUGCGGGGCAGGCGGUGAGAUCGCCUGCCUGGAGGGACUCACCGUGGUCUACAGGAGCAGCAGCGACCUCCUCUUCUACGUGGUGGGGGGCCCCCAGGAGAACGAGCUGAUGCUGUCGGCCGUGCUUGGCUGCCUCUGCGACGCCCUCGGCCUCGUGCUGCGGAAGGACUUGGAGAAGCGCUGGCUGCUGGAGAACCUGGACGGGGCCUUCCUGGUGGUGGACGAGAUCGUGGACAGGGGGGUGAUCCUGGAGAGCGACCCGCAGCGCGUGCUGCAGCGCCUGGGCCCACGGGCCCCCGAGCCCGCGCCCUACGGCUUCGUCCUCUUCGACUACCUGGUGGGCAGCCGUGAGCAGGGGGCCGCGGGAGCCACUGACCCCCACAAGUAGAAGCGCCCAGCGGGUGCAGCUCCCCGUCAGCGGCCCCUCGCCAGCUCCCACCCCCGGCAUUAAGAACGCCGAGGGAACCGCUCAGCGCUCCUGAAGGAGAACUGAAGGAUUCGCUGCCCUCCAGCCCUCCCGUGUGGCCGCCAUGGAGCCCAAAUGGCUCUGGGCUGCCCCUGGGCCUCCCGGGGCUGCCCCAGCCGCUCGGCUCCGUGCGCCCCGAAUAAAGCUGCUGCCCCCA